CGGCUCUACCCCGGGAUCAUUAAAGUGCCGCACUUCCUUCUGGUAUGACAAUAGGGCGGGUCGAUAUUCAGAAAAAGAUUGUAUGGUUGGUGGCCGGGCGUCUUCUCUGACUGGUUAUUGGUCCGCCUCUGGGGAUAACCAUCCCAGUUGCCGGAGAAACAGUUUCGUCAUUGCUUAACAACUCACCGAUGAUUGGGUAGGCGAGCGAAGUUGGGUUCCGCGGGCCGCCUCCGCCUUUUUAGCCCUUAAGAACCUAGAAGCCCAGGUGACUCCUGGAGAUCUCUGUUGCUUGAUGACAGCGACGAUGAAGCCGGUGAGCAGGGUCCGGCGGCUGGGCUACGUGCUGCCAUUUUGCUUCCUGGCCCAGGUUCUCUGGGGCGUCCCAGGUGCCCGGGCCCUGAACAACGGCUUGGCGAGGACCCCUACCAUGGGCUGGCUGCACUGGGAGCGCUUCAUGUGCAAUGUGGACUGUCAAGAAGAUCCGGAUUCCUGUAUCAGCGAGAAGCUCUUCCGGCAGAUAGCUGAGCUCAUGGCCUCAGAUGGCUGGAAGGAUGCAGGUUAUGAGUACCUAUGCAUUGAUGACUGUUGGAUGGCUCCCAAAAGGGAUUCCCAAGGCAGACUUCAGGCAGACCCUAAACGCUUUCCUGGUGGGAUCCGCCGCCUAGCCGAUUAUGUCCACAGCAAAGGACUGAAGCUAGGGAUUUAUGCAGAUGUUGGAAAUAAAACCUGCGCUGGCUUCCCUGGCAGUUUUGGUUACUAUGACAUUGAUGCCAAGACCUUUGCUGAGUGGGGAGUUGAUCUGCUCAAAUUCGAUGGUUGUUACUGUGACAGUAUAAAACAUUUGGCAGACGGUUAUAAGCAAAUGUCCUUGGCCCUGAACAGGACUGGCAGAAGCAUUGUGUACUCCUGUGAGUGGCCCCUUUAUAUGCAGCCCUUUUUUAAGCCCAAUUACACAGAAAUCCGAGAGUACUGCAAUCACUGGAGAAAUUUUGCUGACAUUUAUGAUUCCUGGCAAAGUAUAAAGAAUAUUUUGGACUGGACAUCUUCUAACCAGGAGAAAAUUAUUCCUGUUGCAGGACCAGGGGGUUGGAAUGAUCCAGAUAUGCUGGUGAUUGGCAACUUUGGCCUCAGCUGGAAUCAGCAGGUAACUCAGAUGGCCCUCUGGGCUAUCAUGGCUGCUCCAUUACUCAUGUCCAAUGACCUCCGACACAUCAGCCCCGAAGCCAAAGCUCUUCUUCAGGAUAAAGAUGUAAUAGCCAUCAACCAAGACCCCCUGGGCAAGCAGGGGCACCGGCUCAGAAAGGACAACAACUUUGAAGUGUGGGAAAGGCCUCUCUUGAACUUAGCCUGGGCUGUGGCUAUGGUAAACCUGCAGGAGAUUGGUGGCCCUCGUGCUUAUACCAUCUCUCUUACUUCCCUGGGUCAAGGACUAGCCUGUAAUCCUGACUGUCUGAUCACACAACUCCUCCCUGUGAAGAGGAGGCUUGGGUUUUAUGAAUGGACUUCAAGUUUAAAAACUCAAAUAAAUCCCACAGGCACUGUUUUGCUUCGGCUAGAAAGAGCAAGCUCGACUGCAUCAAAAAGCUUCCUUUAAAAUGUAUUGUUUUGGAGUUCCCGUUGUGGUACACCAGGAUCAACAGUGUCUUUGCAGUGCUAGGACGCAGGUUGGAUCCCUGGCCUGGCACAGUGGGUUAAAAGGAUCCAGCAAUGUUGUGGUGUAGGUCACAACCGCAGAUCGGAUCUAAUCCAUGGCCCAGGAACUCCAUGUCACGGGGCAGCCAAAAAAGGAAAAAAAAAAGUCUUAUUCUUCUGUCCACCUUCAGCUGUUAUUUCCUUGAGUAAAUUUUUUCACACUUGCGUUUUUUUGAUAAUUACUUUUAAAACUAUCUGAAGAGAAUGUUUUGGGGAAAAGCUUUUGAACCUAAUGUAAACUGCUGAGAAAUAAUAGCUUAAUAAUGUAAGUAAAAUGUUAAUUUAUAGACAUACCUCAUAUCAUUGCAUUUCGCAAAUACUACGGUUUUUGCUUUGUUUACAAAUUGAACGUUUGUGUCAAUCCUGUGUCCAUCAGAAGUCUGUCGGCCCUGUUUUUCCAACAGCAUCUGCUCACUUAAUGUCUGUGUCACAUGGUAGUAAUUUCAGCAAUAUGUCAAACUUUUUCAUUAUUAUUUAUCAUGGUGAUUGUGAUCUUUGAUGUUACUAUUACAAAAAAAAUUAUGACUCAAAAAAUGAAGACUUAGAGAAUGGUUAGCAUUUUUUAGCAAUAAAGUAUUUUUAAAUUGUGUA